AUGUGCACCAGUGGCCAGUGCGAGCAGCAAAAGAGCGUGGGGGGGCGUGCGGGCGGAUCGGUCAUUGUCGGGGGGAUGGUGAUCAACUUGGCACGCUGAGUGCCGGCCGCCGAAUGACGAUGUGUGUGUUGCCGUUUUUGUCCGUGUCACGUACUCCGCGAUGUUUUCUUUCUUUUCUUUUCGUGCCAACCCUGUCCAGUGAAGAAUCGGGGAUCGCGGGCCUUGACACUCGUCUACCCAACGACCAAAUGGGUGAUGACGAUAGUGAAUAAUGGUGGGCAGGGAGGUUUUAUUUCUUUUGCGCUUUCGUCUUUCUUUCGCUGUCGUGUUCCCUGCGGUAUGUUGGCUAAGUUUGGCAUGCAUGGCGUACGAAAAUGUGCUGACCCUUCCGCUUUGAUUGUGCAUCAUUGAUUUGGAUUGUGCAUCGUUGAUUUGGAGCACACACCCUCUGCUGAGUAGGAACGUCCGGGUACACGUUGCUGCUACGCAAGGGAAAUAAACGAGCGUGUCGUGUUGAUAUGUAGAUGCUGGAAGAGGCCCCUUAAUUUUGGUGUGGCAUUCGAGGUCCUUUUGGAGUCCUUUUGAGGGGGGGGUGAGGGGGGCGGGGCGGCCACCGCGUUCCUUUGAGAGAGACGCGUGUUCUCAAGACCAUUUCUUGUUUAUUUCCGACUUUUUUCUCUCUCUCUCUCAUGAUUCGCAUGUUUUUGGGAAAACCGACGCGCAAGUGUUGAAUCGAGACGAAGUAAUGACUGCUGUGUUGCCACAACGCCAAAGUCAUAGAUGUAUGACUGAAACCUAAUCUGCUAAGGUCAUCCAUGCAUGAUGGGUACUUUUCGGAGGAUUCCUGAGAGAGGAACACGUGAACGCAGCAUGCGUCAAACACCUUGUCUGUGUGGACUCUUUAUCUG